GGAGUGAGCAUUUUAAUUUCAACGCUAGAAUUCUAAUUAACAAACAAAUCCGACAAAAUACACAGCGGCAGAGGCAGCAUACUGAAUGCCCAGGGGAGCGAAAGAGAAGGCGCGCAAGUGAGCCGAAGUUUUGGGCCAAAGUCAGCGUCGGCGAUGGCAGCAAAAAAGUAUGCUAUAUAAAAGCGUUGGGCUGGUGGCAAGGGAAAACGAAAACGAAAAGGAAAACCCUCAAUUGCACAAAAACAACAACAACAACAACAACGUCGACGACGACGGCAGCAGAGGCGACAGCGGUGAUGGCGACGGCGACGGCGAAAACGACGACGUCGUAAAGAAAGCAACAAAAAAGGGCAGCACGUCAAGUGACUGGCUGCGGGUUGCGCAUAUGUAUGGCAAAUUGAGGCAAUUACCGGCUCUUCUCACCCUCAGGCUUAUGUGCUCUAUAUAUAUAUACAUGCUAUGCUGUGACUCCACCCACAAGACAAUGCGCUCUCACAGCUGCAAGCUUUCCCUUUCGCUCUCAUAGACAUGCUCUCUACGCAUGCGUUGCGGAUGUCGGCGUCGGCGCUGACGUUGCCGUUGCCGUUGACGUCGACAGCAGCAGUAGCAGCAUGGCGGCGUACAGAUGAUGCCAAUGAUAAUGGCGUUCAUUAUGUGAAGUUGGCCGCGGCAGCGUCGACUUCUAAUGGGCGCAUUUUAAAAUUAAUGUCUCAACUUUUUUCCGUUCUGCGCCGACGAUUUUUUGACUAUGUGCGCUAAAUAAUGAUAAUUUUUGUCAAUUUGCCGUGCAGAGAAGUCCACUUUUCAGAUGUUAAUUGUAUAACUUUAUCUAAACUUGACUGGCUCCAUCAAUAUGUUAACAAAUCCCACCCACACACACUCAUUUAGCCAAUGCACACACAAAAAGUAUGCCAGCAAAAAAGCAACGACAACAACAGCAAACAUUAAUUGAUUUGUACAUAAACGAUAAUUUGAGACGACAAGCUAAAUUGAUUACAAAAUGUUUUGCAGCUGUUAUUAUUAAAUUAAUUUGUCAUCAAACAAAGCAUAAAAACGUUUCGUUCGCCCAACUAAAUCUGCAUAA